AUGAGUUCUUACGUUAUAAAAACUGAUAUAGAAAUAGAUGUACUUAGAUUAGAUUCGGACAUCAUCGAUGAACAUUUGCGCUCCUCAACAGCCGUGUUACAAGACAUUUUGAAUAACGAUAAUAACCAAUGUUUCGACAAUGAUUUAGCACAUACGUGCAGACAAUGCGGGAAAUUAUAUAAGACUGCAAAUUCACUUAAUAUGCACUGCCUGCUCAAACACCCUGGGAACGACCUAGAGGUGACAUGCGUCGAUUGCAAUAAGAAAUACCCGUCUCUGAUGAGCCUACAAAAACAUAUCCGAUACAUGCACCGUUACAAGAACCGAUGCAAGGCCUGCUACAGAACAUUCGAAACGGCAAAACAAUUGUCUGAUCACGCGGAAUGUUGCAGCAAGAGCGAAACACCGUGUAGGGAAUGCGGGAAGAUAUUCGAUUCGCAGAUAGCACUGCGAAAUCACAACAAAUAUAAACAUCCGAGGAGCACGAAUAAUUUGUGUGAACUAUGUAGACGCACGUUCACUAGCAGUCGCAGUUUAUCAAAUCACAUGGCAUCUAUACACAGUCCAAACGCAACCUGCUGCGAAAGAUGCCACCGAUACUUUAACUCCAUACCAGCGCUCCAGAGCCACAUGCUGAAGAAGCACUCCACGGAGGGGCUCAUGUGUAAUCUUUGUUGUAAAAUUUUUCGCUCUAAUUAUAGUUUAUAUCGUCAUUUGCGUAAAAUUCACUCUACAGAUAAAAAUAAAUGUCACUGCAACAAAUGUAAUGUAAAAAACUCUGUCGAAAAUGGACAUGUAUUAUCGACGUUUUCUAGCGAUCAGUUAGAAACGAGCUCAGAUUGA